AUGCGGCGCAAGGGAAAGUAUGCAUUUCAUUGCGGACCGAAAUAACUGGAACAUAAACAUCAGUCAGUGCAGUGUGUUCAGAUGGGAGUAGAUAGAUAGUCAACGAGUUUGAAGAAGGAUACAUUGGCAACUCGCAUCUCGUGUGACAUUUACCUCUGCGGUAGUAAAUGGGUAUCGAGCUUAAUAGUAAGGUCAGCCUUACAGAAUCAGCGGUGCAUUUUAUGAUGAAUUUGUAUGUUACAUUUUGUGUUAACAAAAGUCAUACAAUCACAUCGAUUGAUCAUGACCGUGUAGCUUAAACACUCCAAGUUCCCGACAUGACCGGAUAUAAUUACAAUUGAGAAAAAACUCGGAUUAUUGGAUAUUAAAGCGAUGGAAGAAGCGGAGGACCUGGAGAGAAAUGCAAAGGGGUGGAGAGGCUGUGCCGCCCUCACACAGAAAUAUUACUUCUCAGAUCCGGAGCUCGAGGCACUCUACGAACGCUACAUUUUCAAGCUUCAGAAAUCCACUGUCCAGUACCUUUUGGUUCUUUUUAUUAUUCUCUCAGCAGUGCUUGCUGUCUUGGAUUUCGUCCAUGCACUCUCAGCCACCGUAGAUGCUGUCUUUUAUUUCGUUCAAUGUGCAAUAUUUAUUUUGCUUUUUGUGUUUAUCAACACAAGGUUUAUGAAAGAGAACUAUCUGCGAGUGUUAUGUUAUGUGAUCCUAUUCUUAUGUGCUAGUUUUGUGAUUGUUGCUCUGCCGAUCAACUUUGGUGAUAGGCCCGACUCCGAGACAAAAUACAGCCCCGCAGAAGGAGUAUGGAACGUGAUAUUCGUCGUGUUCCUUAUGUACGCAAUGCUCCCUGUGAAACUAUGGGUUUUGGGGCCCCUAUGCCUCGCACUCUCUAUCCUACACAUCGUAAUCUCAGCCAUAUACGCCAACACCUUCCCGGACUUCAGUGGUCUACUCUGGAGACAGUUGAUCGCCAACGCUGUGUUGUUCGGUGCUGCAAACAUCGCGGGGCUGUUCAUCCAUUGUAUGACGGAGAGGGCGCAGAGGAAAGCCUUUGUGGAGACGCGUACCUUUAUCUCAGCAAGGCUGGAGGUGGAAGAUUACGAGGACAGAAUAGACGGUUUAUUACAAUCUCUACUGCCGCAACAACUUGCAGCAGAUGUGAAAGAAGACAUGCUGUCAUCUGACAAUGCUGUAUUCCCAGAGCCUUAUCUCCAGAAACAUAACUCUGUUAGUGUUCUGUUUGCUGAUAUCGCUGGCUUCUCCACUCUUGCCUCUCAGUGCACAGCACAGGAGCUUGUCCGUAUUGUCAACGAGUUGUUUGGAAAGUUCGACCAACUUGCAGUUGAGAAUCAUUGUUUACGAGUGAAGCUUCUCGGUGAUGGUUAUUUCUGCGUCAGUGGCCUCCCAGACCCCAGACCAGACCACGCUAAAUGUUGCGUAGACCUCGGACUGGACCUCAUUGAAGCUAUCAGUGCAAUCAAGGGAACCACAGAAGUGCCAAUCAAUUUAAGAGUCGGGGUUCAUACAGGGUCAGUAGUUAGUGGUAUUAUGGGACAGAAACGGUGGCAUUAUGACGUAUGGGGAAACGAUGUUCUCCUAGCCAAUCAGAUACAAGCAUCUGGGACGCAUGGGAGGGUACAUAUUAGCAAGGUCACGCUGGACCACCUGGACGGAGAGUUCGAGGUAGAUACUACAAGUAAUUGGGAGAGAAAUCAGAUAUUAAAGGAAUCGAAUCUGCAAACAUUCCUUGUCAAAAUGGACCCGCAACGAAGGAACCGAAGCUUGCUGCAUAGACAUUUCCGCCAGCAUGAACCUACAGCGAAGGCCAACGCCGUACCGUCAUUCAAUAGUGUAUCAUCAUCCCUUAUUCAACUGAUGCACUCUAUGAGAUUCAAUGCUGAUGUGCCAUUUGCUUCUAUAAUGGCCACACAGAAUGAAGAUAAAUACUCCCAGUUAUUUUCAACGAAAUCCACAGAUUCAUACAGAAAACAAAACAAGAAAAGGCAAACCACAGACCAGUCUACAAACAGAGUUAACAAGUAUCUAGCACAAGCCAUUUCUAUCGGGAGUAUCGGGACUGCCAUGUCACAUCACGCAAAUGUGGUCACCCUCAGGUUUAAAAGUGAAGUCAGGGAAAAAAGGUAUUCCACAACGAAGGAUAACACGUUUCCAUGCAGUAUGGUAUGCACUCUGCUACUGCUGAUCUGUUUGGCCGUUAUGCAGGCCGUCAUCCUACCAAGGACCGUGCUUCUUCUGCUGCUAUUCCUAGCAGCUUUCUGUUGGAUAUCAUUAAUGCUUAUUCUAGUCAUGGGCGCCAAAAUAAAGUGUAUAAGUUGUGAUCUGAGAAAGUCACCAGUGAUCAGGCUGGUUGUAGUAACAACUACUUUAAUCUUGGUGUAUGCAGUUGGUCUAGUCAAUGUGCUUUGCUGUAAGGAAGGUUUCCUUUACAGUUUGCUUGCCAUAUCACAGGAGGAGAUCAACUACCAUCUAUCCUGUGAGAUGCCUCAAUACAUUUACAUUAGUGGGAUCCUUGGCUGUAUUACUGUCGCAGUGUUCGUGAAGUUACCCUCCCUUGUGAAGGUAGUCCUCAUGAUAGUCAUGGUCAUUGUGUAUAGCAUCGUGGUCGAGGUGAUCCACCCGCAACUAUUCGUCUCGCAUGACACUCUUACAAAGGCUGAUGUACCGACACAUCUAUCUGGUGUUUUAGCUCUGUUCUUGGUUCUGCUUGCACUCUUCCUACAUGGGAGACAGAUUGAAUGGAUAUACAGACUGGAAUUUAUGUGGAAGGCACAGGCUACAGAUGAAAGAACAGAACUUGAUGACCUUAAGAAUUACAACAGACAGAUCCUAUGCAAUAUGGUCCCUACUCACGUAGCAAUACAAUAUAUUGACAACCGACUUCAGACUGAUUUGCACAGUCAUUUCUACUCUACGGUUGCAGUAAUGUUCGCCUCUGUAUCCAACUUUAGUGGCUAUUACCAGGAACUUAGCAACCAUGGCCAAGCAGUGGAAUGUGGCAAGAGACUUAAUGAUAUCAUAAUUGAAUUUGAUGAGCUCCUCCUUGAUGAUAGAUUCCGUGCAAUCAACAAAAUGAAGAGUCAUGGAACCAGUUAUAUGACUGCACUAGGACUUAGACCCGAACUACAAAUUCAGGAUACAGACGAGUCUAUCAUACACCAUCUGAAUAUUUUGGUGUAUUUUGUGUUUGCUAUGAAGGAGAAAAUAGCGAGGAUCAACGAAGAGGCAUUAGCCAACUUUACACUUAGAGUGGGUAUAAGUUUCGGUCCAGUUACAGCAGGUGUAGCUGGAUCAAAGAAGCCACAAUAUGAUAUCUAUGGCAACACUGUAAACAUUGCAAGCAAACUGGAGACAACUGGGAGAUCAGAUUGCAUACAGGUUACAGAAGAUGUGUACAGAGCACUAAAAUCCAGAUACCAGUUCCAAUGUCGAGGGAAGAUAAAUCUAAGAGGGAAAGGAGACAUCAUAACCUAUUUUCUUAUCGGACCAAAAUCUCCGACGAAAGCUUCAUCUCCUGGUCUGGAAUAUAAUGGUUGGAACAGACGACCUUCGAACGAUUCCAGGGAUGCAUUCCCUUUGCCAAGUCCAACGUCUACCAAUGGGAAACAAGGAUCAAGAGAGAAUAUUCACAUAAUGACUGGAGCGUCUAAUAAAUAUCGCAAGACGAGUGUUGAUUCGCUGAAGGGCUUUACAGGGACACCACCAAGCAGUGGAAAGAUGUCACGGCGAAGGCAAAAUAGCGGAGAUCAGGGACCAAGAGACAAUGCAAAGAGACUUAGCAGCUCCUCAAUAUCAAAUCUGUUUCUCAGACCUCCAGAUGUUCCUUAUCAAAGGGUAGCAUCCCCUGAUCUACCUGCUGUACAUUACAUGAACACAAACAUAAAUCAAAACAAUGAUAGUUUACCUAGAAAGGAGUAUGAACUCACACUAACUCAGUCAACAUUUUUUAAAACUGAUAAACCGCAAUCACCCGAGACUGAGCAACUCCUUGGUAGGACGAAUGAUACUGGUAUGAACGCAAAUAUGGAUAGACGAGAACAUAUUGACAAUGCCACCAAAUAUAGUCUUAAUAACCUUGGAAGUAUUACAAACACACCUAGUCACGUAAAUAUGAUGCAGAAUAUAACAGUUGAACCCCAAAGGUCACUUACCAGGAGAAACCAGGGAGCAAGCACAAAUAGCUCAUCAGUAAGGUCUCCCCAUGAGCCUCAUAUUGUAUAUGUUGGGGCUGAACCCAUAGACUUGAACCAAGAACCAACCAGUCAUCAACAGGAAGAUAUUGACCCAGAUAUGAAUCAUGAGAUUAAUGCCAUGGAAGAUAUGCUGCAUGAAUUUGAAAGGAAUAACAAGGUUCUUAAAGGUGAUAAACGAAGUGCCAAAGCUGAACAUGUACAGAAACUGACCCAUAGUGGGAGUGGAAAUGGUACUCCACUUGGAGUAACGAUUGAUGGAAAGACCAUGUCUUUCCCUGGUCCUAAUGAUUCUGUAUCGCAACAAAACAAUGAUAUGAUACAUAAUAACACUAGUAUCACUACAAAAAUCGUACCAGGAUUAAAACAAUUUGAUAAUAAAUUUAACCAAAAGGUACCAGUUGAUAUAAAGCCUAAAGCUGCACAAGUGAAUCACAGGGGAGCAACCACAGACAAUAAAUGGACUGCACAAAAGAGCGGAGACAGCAACUCAACAUCAGAUCAUGUCAUGUCUGACUAUGACCAUUGUAUGUCAGAGUGUUGGUCAGAGACUGAUGGAGGAACCUCCACUUCUGGUUUAGAUGAGAAAUCAAAAGCCAAGUUUGAGCAUCAACUGCACAAUCAUCAUCAUAAACAUGCUGACCGUGGCAACAAUGUAAAUCAUACAAACCUAAAUAACACAAACAAUGCUGCUAAACCAAAAGAUCUGCAAUUGAAAUACAUAAAGGAAGAGAAACCUCGACCCGUGCUUUCAAUACCCAAACCACCAACCCCAGUAGGGCAUAACUACGAACGCAUUGCCCAGUAUGUUAAGGACCACCAGAAGCAACAAGAAUCUCCUAUAGUUGAACCCGUGAAACUUAACCUUUAUCCAAGCCCUUCACCCAUUUCUGUCACUCCGGAAAACACUCUCAAUCUCAUAGCUGAUGAUGGUGUUGAUAAAGGAGAACAAGAAACCAAAAAGCCACCCCUUCCACGUCAGAUGUCCUGUCCCGAUACGAAAGUUUCAGCCCAGAUAGUAAAUCCACUUGAGUAUAACACUUUACCAAGUCAUCUGAAAAAUAUUGCUGAAAGUCCUGGGCUAUCUUCUAACAGUCCCGUUUCUAUUAGUAGCAGCAGUCCGAAUUCAUUGACGACCACCACGAAUUGUCCAAUGGUAGCAUCUAGCCCCGACCAGAAUCCAAUUGGUCAAAAGAGCAGAUCCACACUUUCCGAUAUCGUGCAGCAAGUCUCCCCACCCCCUCUCCCACCUCCUCCAGAAAAUGGCUCCUCCUCCCCACCCACUAGUACUUUUACAAGUUCCCCAUCAAGCUCCAAGCAAUCAUCUCCAAAAGAAGCAUUGACACCUUUGUUACCAGAUUCCCCACAGGCGAUGAUGGAUAAGGGAACAUCACCAGCCAGUAUGUUCAACAGUUCCCCAAAUCCAGAUGCAAACUUGAAUAGAUCAAGGGUGCAGGCCCUGCCAUUAAAGGACAAUGUUGAAAGUAGUACUGAUUUUGAUGAUGAUGACGAUGAUGACACCCCGUUACAAUCUAAGGAUUUUAAUAAGGUUGGUGAAGAGCGUCCCACACCUAAUAUUAUGCCGCCAUCUGCCGUGGAUGCAGAUGCCCAAAUCGAUGCUGCGAUUCAACAAAUCCAGAGUGUCAGUGCAUUAAUGACUUCUUCCAAAAAUGAAAUUAAGCCUUAUAUAAGCCAUGAUGCGCCAUGGCAGAACAGUUCAAUAUAUCAAAAUGGCUUCCCGAAUAGUGGACAUUCACAUCAAAGGCGAAGCAGUGGCCAUAGUAGUCAACUAAAGCAUAGCAAGAGCUUGGAGUACCUUCCAAGUGACGGGGACACCUGUGACGAGGCAUAUGCUGAUGUCUCCUCACAGUCAUCGAUGGACGGAGGUAGUCCAAAGAUACCUUCCAGCCCAAGUCCAACAACGCAUAGAAAGAGCGGUGCGUUCUACCCAAUACCACCGCACAUACGGAAAUACCUUGUGGCGGACAAUAUAAGCCUAUCGUCGAUUGGAAGCAGCGACAUGUCUAAAAGUGACCCUGCUAUAAACUAUGACUCCGGCUCGAAUGCUUAUGAAUCUGAGUACGAUAACUACAGGCCAGGGAUGGCAUCUGAUGAAGACUAUUUUGUGCCUGAGCCCAUAAGUGACAUCGAAAUUGACGCUUUUGAUGAUAAAUCAGUAAAUGUUGACAAUGUUACUGUCAGCGACACAUUUAGUCUUGAUAUGCCUUUGCCAAAGAUCAUGCACAAACGGGUUACGGAUGUGUGAUCAUAAUAUGUAUAUGAGUCAGCAUGCAACGAAUAAAAAGUUGGCUAGCCCCUGGUCUCAAUUCUUUAAUUUUCAUAUUACCAUAUAUGAUCAGGUGAAAUCGAUGAUAUUUCGUACUAACGUUCAGGUUAAAAAGGAAACACAGUGGACAAUUACCAUUUCAAAUAACCAAAUAACCAAACAAUUGGUUUUACUCUACUCAAUUAAUCAGACUCAAUUAAUCGAGACUCAAUUAAUCUAGACUGCAUUGAAUGAUUAAUCCCAGUUUGGCAUCAAAUUAAACCUUUCUCAAUCUUAAGUUAAAACUAUUUAACCAAUAACGAAAUAUAAUAUGCAUGUCGGAUUCGGUCCAAACGUUUCCUACAUAACCCCUCGGCAGCACAUUCGACGUUAAGAUAUAAAAACUAUCAUAUAAUGUAUUAUAUUCUUAUCGAGAUUCAAAUUUUCUUUAAACACAUCAAAUUAUUAUAGGAAUACCACAUUUAGAUGCAUAAUUGUCUUUUCCUACUGUAGGGGAUGAUUUUACGCUGAACUUGGAUAAAUUAUCAAUUCUAAACCAAAUUCCUAUACUGCAGUUACUCAUGAUAACAACAUUUAAGGUUACACAAAAAUGUAAUUGAUUAAUUUUGGAAUACUCUUUUCAAUC